GUUACUUAAUGGACGCACCUUGCGAACAUAUUCGAUAAUUUCUUCAUCGUGUUUUUUAACGAUCGCGUAGUAUCUUUAAAGGUACUUGGUUUUCAUUGGAAAAUUGACCAAAAUCUUGCCAACUAUAGAUGUGCUGUGCAUCAAGUCAUCCAGAAAUGGUAAAUUUACGAUCGGAGUGACCACAUCGAAGAGUAUGCCAACAUCGCCUGUUAUAGAAAAUACAUACCGGACUGAGAACCCACCUCAAUGCUCAGUGGCCACGAUAAAUUCGACGGCUUUUCAAAUAAACAUACACGAACCAGAUCUUAUCCAUUGCGGAGUUUAUUAUUGUAACUCGGAUACGGAGAAUAAUCUGAUGUGUAUGAAUCUGCGAUUCCCUUUGAUACCGGGUAUUAAGACCAGCGAUGAUGUAAGCGUGAGAAUCCAAUGCCAUCCGCAACAACAACUGUUAUCUCAUGUCAAACAAUUGCAAUUAAAGCCAUCACACCUCAAUUUAAAUAUAGGCAGAUCAUUGCCACCGAUAUCGACUGUAUCGAGUAACAAUGCAGCUCAAGAAUUACACACAGAUGUAAAUCUAUAUGCACUUACCAGCGUAGGAUACACUUAUUUGAUUCGGAAUAACGACGUGGUUACGUUAGGAGAGGAAUUGCAACUCAGAGGAGUAGUCAGACAAGGAGAUGGGUGGCAAUACUCUAGAUUUGGAAAAAUCACUAUACAAAGGGUUCUUGCUCCUUCUUCAGGAUACGUUUACGGUGAAAAUAACGAUGCUGUGGUUGUAGUUGCUGAUGAUGGUUGCGUUAAUUCAGCUAUGAAGGUCAUAUGUCCAAAUUCUCCAUUCAACGAUCCUGCAAAUCCGCUGGUAUCGAUGGUGAACAUGAAGAUGUUCAUAUUUAAUAAUAUGAAAGAUGGAGAUGAAUUGACCAUGUCAAUUACCAUGUUCGGAUGCGUUCAUUAUGAAGAUUGUUUUAUUGAAAAUUCGUGUCAGAAUUGGUCGAAAGAGAAUCGAGUCAAGAGGUCGAGUCAUCGAGAAACCAAUAACACGAUCGAUUCGACUUCGGAAAUUACAAUUAAAAUAAGAACGACACCGAGUCAAAAACGAAUAAUGGAAUGCAACGAAUACGAAUGUAAAGAGAUUACAAACGAAGGAAAUAAAUCUUUGAGAUUUUACGUUGUGUUGGGAGGUUGUCUCACUGGAGUAAUACUUGGCGCAGUGUAUCAUUAUUACUCGAUUAGAUCGAUAGUGAGAUGAAUUCGUUUAUACCUACCAAUAAUUUCAGGGAACUUCAUAGCUCAUGCUAGUCAUGCUGAGACUUACUUAUUGGACCUCAGAAAAUUAUCGACGGAAUAAACUUUCAGCUGCUUGCAUUCAUUUUAUGGUUUCGAUGAGGAUUUCAAAAAAACAUAAAUAAAUAAAAAUAAUUACGUUUACAUGAGUAUUUAAAAUUUGUAAUUUAGAACCGAGAACUACCUAUUGAAAAAAAUGAUAGAUAGGUAGGUAUCUAUUUGAUGUUUCAUGACUUCGCUCGACCUUUGAUUUUCACAUUCGGUGAACCAAACAUGUGUACUUAAGCGUAACCUUAGUUUAGAUUGCUGCAUUAUUCGUUAAAUAGUACACUCGGUACUUACGUCCUAAACCUACGUACAUAAUUAUGUGUGUACUUAAGCUACAUUCAAGUUACUGUUCUGAUUGUUUUUAACACUGUUUAAUAGAAAUAUUACAAUAUAG